AUACCUAAGUCGGAGGCGAGGAAAGUGUAUAUAUAACCUCGUCUCGAGCACCUCAUCUUCGAACAUUCUUACGAUAGGAAUCAUCAGAAUCCAGAUAUCUGAACUAAACCUCGCACUACCAAAACCAAACCCAACAAAAAACUUACAUUCUUUGCACUUUCGUUUCGACGAUUCGAACCAACUUACCAACCCAUCAAAAUGAGGAACACCAUCGCUCUUCCCGCCCUCCAGGUCGCUACCGCGGCUUUCUUCGCCACGGCUGCCCAGGCGGAGACCUACUGCGUGACCUCAGAGUCCAAGGUUGUCGACCCCGACAACUGUCCCCAGGAGGGCAACUCCGGCAACUUCUUCCUUGCCCAGGGCCCCUCUGGUGCUGCCAUCGGUGACCAGCUCCCGCAGGUUUCGGCCCGCAUGGCCGACUCGGGCUACGUCUCCGGCGGAUUCGGCAAGAGAGACGACUGCGACACCACCAAGCAGGACUGUGGUGGUUCUUAAAUUGGCAAUACACCUAGCUACGGAUAUGUGGGAUUAGUCUCCGGAAGGUGUUGAUUGGUCGAGCGUCCGUGGGAGUGGUGGUUGUUGGCCGA